AUGCCAAGAGCAAGGAAAGGGGCUCUGGUGCAAUGUGAUCCAUCUAUCAGGGCACUGAUAUUACAGAUAGAUUCCGGAACACAUGACAUUAUAUGGGAAGAACUUGACGAAACGCAUCUACUGGUGGAUCCAGCAAAAGUGUCCUACAUUAAAGAAAAGCUAAACUGGUUCCUUUCGAAGAAUAUAUACAAUCCAUCCGAGGAAGAGGAAAAUCCUUAG